AUGAUUUUGCCAUCUCAUUUGAAAUUAAGGAGACCAUUUCAGCGGUACUAUAUCCCGGCAGUAUUCCGAACCUAUAAAAAGCAUUUGAAGUCUGGAAGCAAGUCUCCUUUGGACACAUGCUCGUCCAUUGGUCCAGACACCAUGACCUUUGAUCCCAACUCAAGAGAGCAUAACAUUGGAGAGUUUGUGGCCAAUCUGCUUAAAGAACUGCAUGGUGUCAGAGAUGGAGCUUUUUAUUCUGAACAAGUACUUCGACCACAAGGCCAGGCAUCAGUGCCACCCAAGCCAGCUGGUAAAUUGCUCUUGGAGGGAGAACCGAGAGCAGAGCUUGGGAAGAAUAACGUAGAUGAUCCCUUCCAGCCACCUCUGCAAGCAAGGUCCCUUACCCCCUCUUUAAGGCCCUUGCUCCCCUCUAGGUCUCCUUCCCCACGGCGGUGGGGAAACUCCCGCCCCAGAACUCGACCCCAGCGGCGCUCAGGGGCUCGGCCCCGCCCCGCGCGCCGAGCGCCCCAGACCGGGAACUUCCCGCUACUCCCGCGAGCCCGGGGCCCUCGCGCUCUGCGGGCGCCGACCCGACCCGGGAGGGGGCAGUGAGCCUGGGCUCCGCCGGCUGGGGUCCCCGCCGCGCCCCGCGCGCCUCCCAAGUCGGCCCCGGGGCUCUGCGGCUUCCGGACAGCGGCGAGGAGGACGGGGACCGUCCGCCGGUCCUUGGAUGUUCCGUCCCGGGAAGACAGCAAGUUGUGGAGUGCCCGGGACCGGGAGAGGAGGUGGCUGCCGCCCGCCGGCCAUGGACCAUCAUCUCUACCACAGAGGAUGGGAAGUUGAUGCCCAGUGAAACUGAGAAUCCAUUUUGCUACUAGAUACUCCCUCCUUUCCCAACU